AUGACGGACCGCGUGUCCACAGUGCAGACGCAGUCGUACGUCAAGUUGAUGCUGCACGCAGCUAAGCGACCUGCAGACUCUGUGUGUGGCCUUCUGCUGGGCCAGAAAAAAGGUCAAGGAGUCGAGAUCAUGGACGCCAUGCCGCUGUUUCACCACGAGGCUCCGCUGGCGCCGCUGCUGGAGGUGGCGUGCGCGAUGGUGGACGCGUUUUGUCAAUCGGAUCAAAAAUUGACCAUCGUGGGCUUUUAUUACGCCGAAAAUGGGCACUCUUCGUCUGAGUCUGGUACGGGACUCAGUCAUUUUGCCGAAAAGGUGGCGGACAGAGUGGAACACCAGUUCUCGCACGCUUGUGUACUAUUGGUGGACAAAAAGGAGUUUGGUAAUGGGACGAAAGGUGGCCUGCAGCUCCUGCUAAAAGACGUCAAGCGUGGCUGGAGUAAGGCCGAGGACCGUUUACAGGUCGCACAAGGGGCUGCAGGGGUGCUGGCUCAGGGGCUACAACAGGAUGCACAGGACCACCUGGUAGACUUUGAGGAGCACCUGGAAGAUCCCAGUAAGGACUGGCGAAACCCGCACGUUGUCGAAUUGCUCAAGCUCAACGUAUAG